GUGAGCAAUGGAACCUCCCAAGGGAUUUUGGGCUUCAUUGUGGAGCUUUGUCUGCUUUCUGCCUUUUUUCAUUGGCGUUUGGUUUCUAGGCACCAUCAAAGGUCUCAUUUUCUGUCCAUUGAUAUGCUUAAUAAUGACAAUUGGGAACUCAGCUAUCAUACUUGGUCUUUGGGCCAUGCACAGUAUUUGGACAUAUUACUGUGUUGUGAGAUCCAAACAAUUAGGGCCUUUACUGAAGGUUGUUAUGUGCACAUGUGUACUACCAGUGCUGUUGAUUUUGUGGCCAGUGGUUGGAAUUUUCGGAAGUAUUGUAGGUGGAGCAGCCUAUGGAUUUCUUUCAUCAAUAUUUGCUACUUUUGAAGCUGUAGAGGGAGGAAAAGAGAACAAAGUUUUCCAUUGUUUUACUGAUGGAACAUGGAGCACUAUUUUAAAGACCUUUGAUAUUGUCAAGGAUGUAAGAAAUGCAUGCUUCCAUACUUAUUUCUCGGUUAUGGAUGACCUGCGAGAAGAGGGGCCUCCAAAUGGGAAAUAUUAUGAGAUCAGGCUGCUUUGUCUCCCCGGUGCUGUUGUAGCUGUAGUUCUUGGAAUCAUAGUUGAUAUGCCAAUUGUAUCAUUUGUUGCCAUAUGCAAAGGCCCUUACAUGCUUUUUAAAGGGUGGAAUCGUUUGUUUCAUGAUCUCAUAGGUCGUGAAGGCCCUUUCUUGGAGACAAUAUGUGUGCCUUUUGCAGGCCUUGUUAUCCUUUUGUGGCCACUGGCAGUUAUUGGGGCAGUUCUGGCAUCUGUGGCAGCUAGUAUCUUUCUUGGUGCCUAUGCAGGUCUUGUUUCUUAUCAGGAGUCUUCUUUCUUGUUGGGCCUUCGGUACAUUGUUGCAGCUUUGUCCCUUUAUGAUGAAUACAGCAAUGAUAUUCUUGACAUGCCAGAAGGAUCCUGCUUCCCAAGGCCUCAAUAUCGAAAAAAGGCUGAAAUGUCAGUGACAGCUUCCCAUUCAAAUUCCUUCUCAAGAACCAGGUCCUUAAAAAAAACUCUUUCUCGAACGAUUUCAAUAAAAAGUAACAUUGCUGAGUUGAAACCACUUGAGCUAUUGGAUGGCUUGUUCAAGGAAUGUCAUAAGGUGGGAGAAACACUAGUUUCUGUAGGAUUAAUUACACAUGAAGACAUACAAGAAGCUAUAUCUGGUAAAGGGAGUAGAGUCAUUACUAUUGGUUUACCAGCAUAUUGCCUUCUCCAAGCACUCUUGCGUUCUGCAAAAGCCAAUUCCUCUGGUAUAUUGAUAAGUGAUGAUAUUAAACUAACUACCACAAACAGACCAAAGGAGAAAUUUUUUGAAUGGUUCCUUAAUCCCCUUUUGAUUAUGAAAGAACAAAUCAAAGCAGUGAAUCUUUCUGUGUCAGAAGAGGACUACCUUUGCAAAUUGGUUCUCUUGAGUGGUGAUCCUAAUAGGGUAAAAAAUUCACUUAUUGGCACAACACCUGAAUCUGACAUCAAACUUGCUGAACUUGAUGCAUUGGCUAGAAGGCUCCAAGGGAUCACCAAAUUUAUCACAAGGUUCCCAACCUACAAGCGGCGCUUCGAUUAUCUUGUAAAAACAUUGUCUAAUGAGCUUGCUGACAAGCAUGGAGCUUCAAAAAUAAUCAGAUCAAAAAGUGCUUUUCCUCGAAUUAUUAGUUUGAAAUCCUUCAAAGGCACAAGACCUAAUGCCGAUUCUGAUCAAGAGUCUGAACAUGCAAGAGAUUUGGAAAUUUCAUAA